GCGCACAUCACCCACAAGUUAGUAAACAACGUUAUCUUAUUUUCAAUUGUUUGUUUAUAUCCAUAUUUCUGUCGCCGAUCAUAAGCCUAUUUUGAAAAUAUUUCACAAAUGUAAAGUUCGAGUAAUAUUCAGUAAUUGAUCAUCAAACAUUUAUUUUUUAAAUGGGUGGAUACGAUUGCCAUUUUAGUACGAUGACGUUUGUUUAUCGACCCACUUUGACAUUUUGAAUGAAAGAAAAAAAAUCGUCUCGCUUACGUCACUUGUGUUGGAUUCGGGAAGAAAAACAAAGCAAAACAUGGCGGAGUGGUGAAGAAAUGGAAGCGAAAUUUAAGUGGAAUAAUCGUCUACGUUGACUAUUUUCUGGAACAGUAACGUUGGAAUUAUAUAGUAGUGGUGUUGGAUGAACAAUCUGUGUAAUUAUGGGGCAGAAGGUGAGUUCUAGCCCUCGUGCACGGACGUAUUCGUCACCAAACUCGCCUGCAGGAAACAGCAUUGUGUUGGUUGGAAAUGGACACCAAAACGGUGGCGGCGGAUUGCCCGCCUUUGGGGCACCUCCUCCUGGGCCUAGCCAGCCGAGGAGUAGGGCUAGGUCUUUAGGGACUGGGCCAAGUGGUAGCCCAUUGACUAUUGCAGCUACAAGAGGGGUUAGAUCUCUUGAUUCAGACAAUUUACUAGCUGCUGGCAGCUCUAGACUACAGCAGGCGAGAUCAUUACCAGCACAUCUUUUAGGACAGCCGGUUAUUAUCCAAGCAAAUCGAAAUGGUUUUAAAUGUCCAGUAUGUUCUAAGGUUAUUGCUUCGGAUGAUGUGGAAUGCCACCUGGUAAUGUGUCUUACCAAACCUAGGAUUGUAUAUAAUGAUGAUGUGUUAACAAGUGACCAAGGAGAAUGCUCCAUUUGCUUAGAAGAUAUGACUGAGGGCAACACUAUAGCCCGACUCCCUUGUCUUUGUAUUUACCACAAACCAUGUAUAGACUCGUGGUUUGAAGUGAAUCGGUCCUGCCCAGAACAUCCCACUGAUUAAUAAACCUGCUACUCACAGCCCCCAUUUUCGUAUAAAAGACUUUGACUAGGAAUCCAUGUAUGUAUGAUCUGAGAUGGUGAGAGGUUCAGCGUUACCAUAUUAGGAACAUACUCUCUCGCAUCUAAUAGCUAUUCUCACCACUGAUCUACAAAGUUCACAAUUUGUAGAAAAUGAAGUUUAGGAAGCAAUAUGAAGAAUAAGGGCUAAUUUAAUUGUCCAAAGACAAAUAAUCUGUUAAAUAUAAAUUUUUCAUAACUUAAGUAUUAGUUUCAUUUCUCUCAUGAAUAUUCCGGUUUAUAUGUCCUAUUUACUAUAUAAUCAUGAAUAUUCAUAGCUUACUGUAUAAUUAUGAAUAUUCAUUCUAAUUACAGUUAAACAUGAAUAUUCAUGAUUAUUAUAGCAGUAUUACUAUUGUGCCCAAAGGCCUUGGCAAUAUAUGCUAUAUAAGACAGACAUACAAAAGCUCAUGAAUGAUUAUAAAUAUUAAUAAUCUUGUUAUGAAAUUCAUAUUUAGUGUGAGCUAACUUCAUAUAUAUAUUUUAAAAAUUUAUUGCUUCAUUAACAUAUUUUUCAAUAAAUAUAGUUAGCAUAGCGUUAAGUUUCAUUUAUAAUGCAAUUCAGUUUUUUAUGCAAUUUUAUUUAGAUCGACGUGAUUUUUUUUCCUAAAAUGUAUAAUCUUGUAAAAAAUGGACUCAUUCAAUUUAUUUUUAAGAAAAUGAUUGAUAUAAAAUAUUGUUAUGAUAUUUAAUAAUUUAAAUUUAUUAAAAAAAUUUGCAUAUCAUGGACAGUACGCUAAAGAACUAUGUAGCAAGGUGGUGUUUAAUGCCAUGGUGAUUAUAAUUCCACAAGAGUUACGUAACCAUAAUUGAAAUUCAUGAAGAAAAUUUUAAUUUAACACAUUUAAAAUAAUUUUGUUGUGAUAUUAAUCCUAAUCAUAUAUUAAAAGAAGAAGAGGAAGAUCACAUUCUAUUUGACAAAAACAUGUGACAUGCCCAAAUAUGACAUCACAACAUGACCAUAUAUAGACACAUCAUGACUAUAUAUGGGCAUACAACAGUUUUUUUUUGUCAAAGAAAAUUUUAUAAUCUGGACAGACUUACCAUAAUUCACAAUUCUGUAAUAAUAAUUUAAUAAUAACAAUAUUAAUGACAAUAGUAUUUACUAUACUAUAGUGAUAUUAAUAGUAAUUGCUAUAAUAAUUAUACAUGAAGAUUGAAUCCCUGGCAAUGUUCGAUUAAUAUUCAUUCUUGUCUGUGUGUGGGUGGGUAGAAAUGAUCAGUGGUUAUUGAUUUUAAUUUAUACUGAAAAUUAGUUAUUUGAACUGUAAUAAAAUAAACCCAUGAAUCUUAUCUUCAACAAAAAGUGUAUAGAAAUUAUAAAAGAAACUAAAACAUACUAACAACAUUCAACAUUGAUACUAUCUUAUAUUUAUUAUUAUUAAUUUUUUUUUUUUUCCUUUUUUUGGUAUUGUAAUAAUAUCAUUAUUAUUAUCAAGUCAAUAUUUGUGACUUUAUUAUUUCCAUAAAGUUAUUAUUUUGGUAAUAAUACAAUUGCACUUAAAUAAGAUGCAUUAUUAUUAUUAUUAUUAUUAAUAUUAAUAUUAAUAUUAUUAUUAUUAUAUUAUUAUUGUUAUUUAAAUAAGAUAUGAAUUUUGAGGAAUAUUAAACUGUUUUGUCAUCACUAGUUAAUGGGCAAAACAGGUUCGGCUCAUAUUGAUCCUUUUCCUGUUUGCUGACAUCUUGGCUCUUUUUAUUUUGGACUAACUCAAUUCAUUCCUAGCCAGACUAAUGCCUCUGAAACUCGGGAAUUUUUUUUUUUUUUUCGUGUGGAGAUGAAACGUUGUUAGCAUUAAGACACCUAGUCUGCACCAUCAUUUUAAAUUGGAUGCGAUACGCAUUCAUUUCCUGUCAAAUAUUUAAUGUAUUAUUUCUUCUUGAAUCAUAUUAAGCAUGUGAGAAUGAGGCAUGCAAAUCUUGCAAAUGUGUUUUUUUAACUUGAUUCUUUCCUUCAGUACUAACAACAACAUACAAUCUGUGACUAUUGCAAAAUCGGAAUUUUCUUCUGUUGAAUGAAUUUGUGUAAACACAAUGCCUUUCCCAAAUUGGAUAUCGAAUAUGAAAUUUCAUUUGUUUAUUUUAAUGUUCUUAAAUUUCUGUUGUAACAUUGAAUUUGAAUUAGUCCGUCCAUACACAUUGACAGACUAUUAUUGUAGUGAAUUUGUAUAAAUAAUAUAAACACAUUUACUUGAAUAUGAUAGGGUUUGAAGCGAUCAUUGUUUAAUGAUUUUUGGAAAUUUAACCUAAAAUAUAAUGGAUGGACAUAUUUUUGGUUAAUUUUUAAAUCAGGCUGUUUACACCUAAUCUGGCAGUUUCAUGACUCAUCACUCUCAUCACAAUCAAAAUAAUGAUAUGCUAUAUUUCCAUUUUUCUUAAUUUACAAAUCUGGAUUCUGAUAAAUUUAUGAUUGAUUGUCAUCAUUUACAGAUAUUUUAAUAUUUUCCUAUCUUUAUCUCACAACUUUACUUUUUUCUAAGUACAAUAUUGAACAUGACAGCAUGGGUAGCUAAUUUAUUAUAUUAAACCAGUCAUAAAAUUAUGAAUGUUGCCAUGUAAUUUGUACAGUUUCACCCAAUUGUGUUUUAUUUUUCUGGACGCUUGAUGCAUUUUAUAGCUUUUUAUAGUCUGAGGUGUAAUGUCAUGUAGUUUGUUGGCAGGAUUUAUAACCUCAAUGAUAAUAAUUUGAUAGGCUUGGUAAAACAUGGACAAUAGAAAAUUGAUCAAAGCAUACAAGUGCAGUAUUUGUGGGAGUUUUUCAACUAUAGAGGGCAGUAUUUAAAGUAAGGCCAAUCUUAUUAAACUGAAUGCACUUGAUUGCAAACCAUAUAUAGUAUUAACUAUACAAUUGAUUACAAACAAGCCUGGGAAGAAAAAACAAAAAAUAAAAGGGACAUUUUUGUGCCUUUUUGUAUUAUUUUUGUACAUUUAUUUUUGUCAGGACAUUUCAAAGACCGAAGCUUUUAACCAUGUUCAUAAGUGUCCUUUGUUAAUUGUCUUUAAAUUACAAGAAUAAUUAGAAAUCUGGCCAAACUUAUAAAGAUAUAAAUCGGCAAAGACUCAGCAGAUAUGAUAGAAUUUAAGUAUAUGAUGGGGUUAUAAGAAUUUAAAUGACUUUAAAAUAAAUGAAAUUAGAUGUAAUAUUUGUAAGGCCAAAAGUUGCUUGAGUUUGCAUCCAAAAAUGAAAAAGUUACCUCUUCUGUAUUUUUGUCUUGCUUCUGUUGUAUUUCCUAAAUUUUGACAUAAUAUAAGAAAAAUAUGAGUGACCAAACUAAUUUGAAUUUUUAUGAUUUCAAAUGAAAAAAACAUGAUAAAUUAUAUUUUACAAGAGAUUAUCUAUUAAGCAUGUAUUAUUCAUAUAUAAAUAAGAUUCUUUUAAUGUUUUGACUGGAGAUGAGUUUAAAAAUUGUUUAUGAUAAAUUAGUAUUGUUGUCCCUUUAGGUUUUCUAACUAAUAUUAUAAAUAAUUUUAUGUGUGAAAAAAAGAAUUAUUUGUAACUAAAUUAAUGUGAUUAUUGGAAUUUGAUAUUUUCUUCACUUUCGAAAUAAUUGGCUAGGUGCAUUUGGGAUUGGUCAAAAAACAUUUUUAAUUAGUUGAUCCGUGUUAAUUAAUUAUAUGGCUUGAUACCUAUGUUUUGGUAAACACUUUAAAAGAUAAACUGGUAUUGUAGACAAUAUUUCUAGCAUUAGCUUUGCUAGAUCUAGACAUACACAGAUACUCAUUACUUAUUAGGAUGUUUAAUUUUUUGCUGGAUUUUCUGGAUGAUUUGACUUGUGAUGGUAAAAAAAAAAAUGUUAUGCAUGGAGGAUAAAUGUAACCAACAUGAUUAAUAACUUAUGAAGGUUCAUCUCUUUACCACAUUAAUAUCAUUUUUUUACUGUUUAGCUCUGUACCCUGUAUUUGUUUUUAAAUCAGUGUUAAUAUCAUCAUAUAGGAGUGAUGUUCUGCCUACACCAUUGUAUAAAUUAUUUACCCCAAAGGACUUGGGACACAUUGUCCAUGAAUUGUGAUAAAAGUGGUUGAUAUUUGUAAAAAUUUAAAAAGAUCAGUGAUGAUAAUUAAAACAAAAUUAUUUUGAAAGCUCU